ACAAGCGGGCCGAUGUCUCGCUGCUAUUCUUCGAACCGGCCCGGCUGUUCCAAAUGUUUCUUUUUGAACAGCUAUUUCGCACGCGCUACCGGGUUACGCGAGACCGGUCCAGGCCGCACAUCGGCGGCUUCACAGCGAUGAUCGUCGGUGUCUACCACACUUCGCGCAGACAUGAUUGUCGCGAGACUCUUGUAUGCGCGGUUCAGCCGGUGUCGAAAGCGUCGUGACAGUAGCAAGAGGAAGAAAACAGGGUGCUACAACUCCUUAAAAAAGUGCGAUUCAUUGUGUUCGGCGUGUUUCGUUCUCUGACAAUCACACUUUCGGAGGACUGCAUGAACGGUGCUUUGUGGGGGGAACGCCAAGCGCCGGAUGAUGAGCUGUCCUCAGCUGGCGGAAAGCGAGAGAAGGCCUUCAUCCGCCGCCGCCGCGCCCCCUGGUCCCAAACCCUACAACAUCUUCGAAGAUCUCGAGGUGUUUGCCCACUUCGAACACUAUCGUAGCGAGAGCUACGCCCAAGCCAUCCACCUCAUGUCUUCGCAGACGAGCCUGCGCUCCGACUCCAGACAGUCCUACGCGUCGUGCGCCACAACGCUCAAGGAGUUGUCCCUCAGCGCGCCUUCCUCGCCUAAGGGCGUCCACAGCGUCGAGAAGUCGUCCACACUCCCGUCGACUUCGUCAAACGUCGCCUCCUUCGCGAGUCCCAAGAAGUCUAGCAGCCUCAGUCUGUCCAGCUUCUUCCGCAAGAUAUCGCCCCGCUUUCACAAGAACCGAAAGUCCAAGUCAAAACCCUGGAUAGUGGUGGAGUUUUCGCAGAAGGAUAUCGAGGGCCAAGGCUUGGACCAUGAGAGCAUGGCCGACAGCGAUCAGUCCCUGGAACUUGCACUUCAGGGCAAGGAACAGUACAUGGCUUCCCAUACCGGAAGCGCUACUGGCCGUUUAAGUUUCUCGGGAAGUGGGAGCCAGUCUUCCCUGAACGCAUGGGUCAGGGCAGGAAAACCGAAGGCAUUUGGUCCCCUGCACCACGACACUCAAAGGGUGCUGGCGAAAAAUUACGGCAACAUGAUUGCCAAGGCACGUGGUUGUCGCAGCCAGGAAUGGCUGCACGGCUCCAAAUUGCCGUCAAAGCCAUCCAAGACAUCGACACGACCUAACCAGUGGCCUGUGCCAUCGUGCGCCGGUUCUCGUCACAGCAUUGGGUCACUAAUGCCAACGGUAGUGGUGAACUCUCCAGGGACAGUUCCAAUGGUUCUAUUGGAAACUGGCUACUCAGAGCAGGAGGGCACGGCUGAGCAGUCAUUUGCCAUACCUCACAGUCUGAGUGCUGGAACCGUCCUACUUACAGGGAUUCCAGAGAAAAGAGCACUGGACAGCAACAUCACGCAGCUGUCAAACGGCUGCUGGAACAUUGGCGGAAGCUCUGUGCCAGAACACCGACCAUCCUACCUUGGCAUCAGCUGUGCUAUCAACGGAUACACAAACUACAGCCAGUUCUGCCGUAGCCGCGACAGCAGUCCCGCCCGUCUGAGUCCCCGCACCUCAGCUCCGCUCGCUGCAAGCCCCGGCAACCGUCUCAAGGUGGAGCCCAUUCUGGAAAUCAAGGCCAGCAAUGGCCGCGGGGAGCUCACCAAUGGCCGCCACCAUCACGGUCCCCAGGAGGUGGUUGCAGCGCCCGAGCCCUGCACGUCCCUCGUGCAGCAGCGGAUCGCCGCGUUGUACGGAUCGGAAGCAGCAGAGAGGGUGGCGCGCUCUCGCACGCGAACGGCGAAGAGCCCACUCAAACUGGAAAAGGCCGCGUCAAAACGUAGCCCGUCCUGCCCAGCGCAAGUCAUCCGCGGUCGUUCAAAGAGCCCGCCCGUGUUCAGGCACCUGACACGUGACUUCAAGGAGCAUCUCCGUUUGUCGGAAGUGUCCGCCUCGCCGGCCGAGAACUUGCCGGGGUUCGUUCCCGCAGCAUCGCGCUUCCCUCUUCUGGGCUCACCCGAGAAACGAGCUCCUUUCUCGGCGACAGCACUGCGCAUCUGUGAUGUGGACAGGGGUGACAGUAGUGCACUCAAAGAAGACAUCCUGGAAGAAUCUCGGAAUUGCCAGGUUGUCAAUGGCGGCGGUGCACAAAAGCUCAACGGGAACCACGCUGCUGCCGUUGACGAAGUCGACAAAGCAUUGGACUUGCCUGUCGAAACGGUGCCCGCGCAACAUGUGUCAUCACUCCUCUCCCCCGUGUGUACCAAGGCGCUCUCGUCGUCAGACCUGCCCGUGCGGGAGGGCCACACGUUCCUUGCCACCUUGUCGAGCACACAACAGGUCCUCGAGUGCCACAUCAGAGACGCUGAGCGUGAUCUGAAUGAGGCAGCCCUCUCGGAGGACAUGAAGGGCAGGAUACGGGCAGCGAUUGGCAAGGCCAACCUCCUCAUCAACAAGAAGUUUAAGCAGUUCAAGGAACUGUGCCUUAAGAACAUUGAACAAAAUGUUGAUGAUCCUUUUCCAACUACUGGAUCUGACUUGGCUGGCUUCUGGGAUAUGGUCAUGUUGCAAGUUGACAAUGUUCACGCAUUGUUUGAGGAACUCAGCGUGCUUAAGGCAAACAACUGGGUAGAACCUAAAACGGAAAGUAAAAGCACGGCGUUGCCAAGACCAGUCAAGAAAGUGGCCUCCCGGUCCAUGCCAGCAAGUCCGAGGAGGUCUGAGAAGGCCGAAGAAGCAGCCAAGUCUCGGUUGGAGGCACGCAAGCGGCUCAUGGAGGCCAAGCGGCAGGCUCGACAGCAACAGCAGUCACAGCCAGCCGGGGCCCCCGACGAGGACAUUGCCAUUUUUGUGCCACAGGAAAAGACCAACUGACCACACAGAGGCUGUAUCACUGGGCAAAGAUAGCAGGCGGGAUAGUGCUUGGCUGUGCUCUUGUGUCCCUCAGAUUGCUGGCAAAUGAAAGCCUUACCCCACGUAGGAGUGUUUUUUUGCACACAAAAAUUGUGCUGCCCGCAUUGUGGACUCCACGCACAGCUGUUGCCUGUGACAGUUGCAUUCAACUUAUAGUGGCACAGCACAAUCUGACUGUCGAUGUGAGAGAUGUGCUGUUCACCGCAGAACUAAUUUGCACAAAAACUGACUGUCGUAUUAGCGACGAAAGCAGUUGGUUCUCUUCACAGGGUUCCCAGAACUAAAUUGCCAUUUGGGCCUCAAAAGAAAAUGCAGUCAUCAGUUAAUAAUGCCUUUGUCUUAAACCUAAAAAUCGCGAUAGCCCUGUUUUGAGACGCAUUGCGUCGAAAGGUGGAUUGACAUGACACAAAUGUGGCACAAGCAGGUGGCGAGUUGCAGUCGGCACACUGCGUCGCACGACAUUUCACGGCUUGGCUAGAUGCCAUUGCCUGUGCAUAAAUACGUAGUCCAACAUCAAAACUUUCACCUGGCGGGCAGACAGCGUACAUAAUUUCCAUGCAAUACACACCACUUCCAUGACUUAGGAACAGAAGAGAUUUGAGGUGCAUUGUGAAAUGUCAGACUUCCUACUUUCCCAAGUGAGAUCAUUUUGCUUGUUCUUUGUUCAUUCUCUCUCCCCUUGUGUAGGAGGCUCUACACAGCCCUUGAAUGUCAUCACAUGUAUAGUACUUCACUCCACAUGCUCUCUUCUUUGUUUUCCCAUGACAACGUUUGCGCACAAGGUUACCUAGAAACAUCGCUUUACACUUCGAACAUUCAGUUGCAAAGGGAAAGCUAUCGUGCUCAUCUACAGAGUUAUGGAAGGUGGAACUGAAUCUCUUGGUUGGUCAAACUAUGUACACAGAGCUGCACAGUACGAGGGCUUGUAGAGCUAAAUGCUGCUUGUAGGCAAUAUUGCCAUUCUAGUGGGCCCUAUCUAGGUCUAGCAGAUUCUUUUCUUUUUUUCGUACAGCGAAAACGUGUGGAUAGUAAAAUAUUGCAAUUUUCUAAAAUAAAGUUUAUCUUACUGUUAUUUUUGGUAGACUUGCAAGAUAUGCAGUAAAUUGCAACUUGGUUUGAAAACCAUUUUUGCUUCAACAGAUGCCACUCGCGAACAAGAAUGGUAGCGCUAAUUUUCAGUGCUCAUCUUUUUUAGAUAGUUUUGUUUGCACAAUCAUUCCUGGGCAUUUUAUUUGCUAGGAAAUUAGCUUCUGCGAUAUAGCAUACUUGUAAGCACCAACUUCUCAUCUGUCAUGUGGCACAGCAUAAAUGUUUUACACUACUCUUCCUGUAUUUCAGACAUCAAUGUGUUUACUGUGUUGAACUGUAGUUUUUUUGCAAGUUUUGAUAGCUCUUUUCAGAUAUCGUGUUGUGUUUAGCACAAUCUCUUCAAGAAAAAUCUGACAACUACAUGUUCUAGCAAUUCUUUGAUUUUCAUAUUCCAAACUUGGAGCUCUUGUUAUGCGAGAGAAAUGGCUUCAUUGCAUGUAUCAACUUAAUCUUAAAUAAGAGAGUUUGUUUACUGCCCAAUACCGGAUAAGAGAAUGUUUACUGCCCAAAGAAAGUACGGAAAAGCAGCGGCAAAAUUCUACUUUCAGAGAGACAUCCUUGCCAUUCUUACUGUAGACUUUUCAUUGUUAGUGUGCAGGUUGUUGUAGAAACCGCUAGUGUUUAAUUACUGGGCUCAUUCCACUGUGGGACGUAUGGUUGCACAGCAUUGCAUUGUGUCACGUAUGGUUAUCAGCAGGAGUUCUUGCAACACUGUAGAAGUGGAUGAAUGUGAACCAAUCACCAGAAACCGGGAGACAGUUGAGCUACCAUAAAUUAUUGAAUGCCUUCUUUUUUAUUCAAUACUGUUGUGGUUUACAUGAACUCCGGCAUCAGCAGCUGUAGCAUGCUAAAGAAUUGACAGAUUAUUAUUGGCGUGAUUAUUCAUUUGUUUGUUUGCAAGGAGGUAUCUGCACUAGCAUAUGUUCACAGAUGACCAACUGCAAUGACAUUGUCAUAAUCUUGACAUUGUCAGUACUACUGUUUGUGAUAAGUAUCCAUGUGGUCAUUCAAAAAUCUGUCGAAGUACUUCGAUGGUCAUGUAAACCAUUAACCAACAAUUCAAAGAAGGGGUGUGCAAACAUACGAAAGUUUAAAUGUGAAUCAAAUAAUCAUUGCUAUUUUAUUCAUGUUAGAUUCGAUAGUUCACUGUCCGUAUCUGUUGAAUAUUCAUUUCUUUUCAUAUGAAUAUGUGAGCAAUAACAUUGCUUAUUGAAAUCUUCAAAAGAAGUGGAGAAUGACAGAAGUAAAGACUGCUCGGAAUGGCUUCGCUGCAGGGCACAGGCACCAGUUUCCCCAAGUGAACUCGCAGUAAACUUCAGUCAUUCAUUGCCAUGCCUUAAUUAAAGCAGCCUUGUGUGCAAAUAUGUCCAAACUUAGGCGCAGCAAUUUACUAUUCGGCCGUUUGCACCAUUUAAUUCUUUUAAAACUAGGGCGGUUGGAUCAGAUGGAAUUGGCACACAGUCUGCAUCUUGUGACGUGCCAGUUCUUGGUUUUUCUUUAUUGCCAUUUUUGUGCACCAGAUAACUGAAAGCAGCUGUCUCUCGGUUUCAUCAAGACUUGGAUCACCGUACGUGCAUUUGUGAGGCACAUUACAUGCAUUUUAAGAUGCUUCUAAGUAUGCUAUACAAAUAAUUUUAAUAAGACUUCCUUUUCACCAAGAUGACCACAUGCAAGUUUUACGUAUUUAUUUGUUGUCAUGAUAGCAAGUGGGCAGACACAGCCGGGCUGAUGGACGCUUCGGUGAGUCUGGCUCUCCGAAGCUUAUGCGGUACGCAGCCAAAGCUGUAGAGCACCAACGCCACACAGCAAAUACAAAUACAUUAAAUGUGCACAUUAGUAUAUUCAAUAUUCAAUUAAAUGUAGGGCAGUUGUUUUCCUCAGACGUAGUACACGUUCAGUUUGGAAGAAUCGGUGUCGGAUCACCCUUGACGAAAUGUCAUGUUAAGGUCUGUUAACUCGACAGAAGUCAAUUGCUGAAGAUAUCUUGCUGUGUACAUUUGGCCUUGAAGGUUUAAAAGCCACCGAAUUUGCAAACAAAACGAACUUGCAGCUACAAACGCACAAUAAACAGUUUUUUUUGGUUGCGCUGUACACAGAAUUUCAGUUGAACCUCCGACUGAUGCAAAAUGCAAUAUUCACUGAUGAGCAAGCUAGCUUUCCCAAAUGCGAAAGUUUCAGCGAGGCACCUUUGUUGGAGAAAAACAUCUUGUUCAAGCACUGUGCAUCACAAUCGCACACGAUACCCGACAUGUCUUCAAUGCAAAGUCUGUCGGAAUCUCCAGGGCAACAGGCAUUGCUUGUGGCAAUAUAGAAGCACGGCUGCCAUGCAAUAUUUAUGCGACUUGCUUUCAUCAAAACUCUAGAAGUAUUCCUUUCAGACAAACUGUAUUUUAAAAAUUUGAGGCUUUUUUAUUUCUCAUCAAAAUAUGUGUGGAACUCUUGAAAAUGUAAAAUUCUGGAAACCGCUGGACUGUUAAAUAAGGUUGUUCCAUUUAAGAAAAGGCUCAGUUCCAGUGGUUCUGAGUACGUAUUUAUUUGUUUAGCUUGCAAUAAAUUUUAUGACUUUCAUCAAAAUUUCAAAAAAAAAAGUUAAUUUGGCGAUUGCACCCUUCUAAUGUAACAAUAAAACGGAACUAUUCUGUAAUGUGUGGAUGCAGCUACAGAAGUGGGGGUUUUAACGUCACUUCUUUUGUUAUUACGAUAACAAUUGUGUACAAUUUUCUACACUUUCUUCUGUCAGAUGCUAAAAUCGAGUAAAUUCUCAGCUAAUUCGAUUUUAAACACUUUAGUUGCCAACUAACUAGAAAAUUUCUGGAUUUCUUGUGUAUAGAUAGAAAGCCCUGACUUGGCCCCAAAUGAAAGUCUCAUUCCCGUUCAUCCCAACACUUUGGUUCAUUGAGUCCUUGUGAAGCCAUGAAUUGGCCCAAAGCACAUUUUGUAAGCCAAACUUCCGUAAGGGUAAAUGCAUUUCAACAAUUGCUUCACAGAAUCGCAGUUCAUCUUAAAAAGAGCCUACUGUGGCACUCACAACAGCUUGACUUGCAUGAGUGUUUGGAUUUUUCAUGACUCUUCAUUAUUGGCUAAUGAUAGAAGGGGAAAACAUUUUCUAACAGCAAGUCGCAGGUUGUACAUUGCACUUCGAACACGUUUUAAUAUUUCAGUGUCGAUUGAUUUUGACGUUACCCUUCCAUAAAAAGACGCAGAAACAUUGUCAAGCAGAGUUGUUGUGUGCACUUUUAAAGCACCAUGUAGUGUUGUAGUAAAGCAGACAUUCACUGAUACGAACUCGCCAGAUCCAUAUCUGCUUCAUCAUCGACUCCAGCAGGCUCGAGGUUUUUGUACUAUUGAGAUGCCGGUUAUGUGUGUCUGCACUUCACUUUUAUAAAGAACAUCGUUGGUAGUCCAGAGGAUUGGCUUGCAGGUGAAAUAAAAUGUGAACUCCAGCACUCCGUGCUCAUUUGUCCUUCCUCAUUGCCUGUGCAAGCAAGUCUGGUGAAACUGCAAUAUUUUGGCCAUCAUUUUUGUAAGCACGCAAGCAUUGUUACUUGUGUCUUGCAUCCCCCCAACUCAAGUCAAAACUCCAAGCCAUGCUCGGCUGCAGAGAAAAGGCCAAUUUCCUCAUUGAAAGUGCAAAAAAGAAAGGUGCUCAAGGACCACUAAACACCUAUCCUUCACGAGUUGUUUUGAGCGUUUUGCGCAUUUUUUCAUAAGCCCGCAUAACCAGCGCACGUUUUACAUUCCGCAGGGUCAGUGUUGCUAUUGCGUACUUCAGUCGCCUGUGCACUCUAUUUGCCCAAGACGUUUUAUAUGUACGACUUCUUUUUAUUACAUGUUGCGCGAGUAUUUAUUUGGAUGCUGUUGGCACUGUUGCCAAGUCUCUUCUUCUUCAUGGGGGUGCCACUGCAACUUAUUUCAGCAUUGUGUGUAAAUGAUCAUAAAAGGGACCUUGUAAUAGCAAUGCGAUAAGAAAGCAGAAUGGACUAAAAGCUUUUUUCGCUAAUGUUUUUAGCUCCUGCUUUUUUAUAACAUGUUGUUAAGCUGUCAUAAAAACAAAGUACUUCAACUUCAGUGGGGUGUCAAUGUAUAAAGUAGUUCUUAUUUAUUUCGCUUAGCAGUGCUACCCAAUUUUGUUUUGCUCGAUUGUGUUUAAUGGUUUGUGUUGCGUGUGCAUGAAUAUUGCAGUGUGGCAGUCAUUCUUGGUUGCAGUGUCUUCGCUCUUGUAUGUGAUGUAGCUUACACUAGCUCGGACUUCAUAAUGUGGAAAGGCAUCUGCUUGCGGUAAUGACGGAGCCGCAGGUGCCAGCUAGAUGGAGUGUUGUUUCACACCUGAUUGUUUUUCUCCUAUUUAGGUGGAUUCUGUGCUUUCAUGUUUCUUUUUGUACUACUGCGAUUAAUUUUGCUGUUAAGUGUACCAAUGUAGAUAACUCGUCGCUUGACAAGAAAUUCCCAGAAAUGUUGUUCUUCCACGCAUCAUUCUCGAGGUUGAAUAAACGGCAGCGUGGUGUGAGUGAAUUCCUUUCACACCACCGCAGAAAGUUUUUCUCAUACAUGGGUAUGUUGACUAUUUGCUUUGCAAGGAAUAAAGUACAUAA